AUGCAGACCGCCGUUUUUGUUGGACUUCUCCAUGCUCUAUUCGACGCCUUCAUCGGGUUUAUCUAUGCCAAUGUGCCGCCUUUCCGCUGGCGUUGGAGUGUCAAGGAAAUGCCAGACUUAUCAGGACGAGUUGCGAUAGUCACAGGUGGCAACCUAGGCAUCGGCUUUGUCACUUGCCUAGAACUGGCUCGUCGAGGAGCAAAGGUCUAUCUGGCGUCCAGAACAGAAUCUCGGGCAAAAUCAGCCAUCGAAGAGAUCAAGCAACUCGUACCCGAUGCGCAACUUGGGUUUAUCCACUUCGACCUAACGAUCUUAUCUUCUGCGAAAGCUGCAGCCGAGGAAUUCAUGAGCAAAGAGUCUCGCCUGGAUAUGCUCAUCAACAAUGCUGGAGUGAUGGGCACCAGAUACGAGCUCAGUCCGGAUGGGAUCGAGGUACAAGCUUGCAACGCAACUGGCCAUUUUGCGUUGACCUCUCACCUCUUACCAAUCCUCAAGAGAACGGCUUCAUCAGUCUCGGACGCUCAUGUCCGGAUCGUUAACGUGUCCAGCACAGCCCACAUAACCGCCACUGAUCCCGACCUAUCUAGCCUCGAGGGAAUAAAUCGGCCAAACGAUUGGCCGAUGGGCAGAUAUGGUCAUAGCAAGCUCAAUAACAUCUUGUUGACCAAUGAACUCCAGAAAAGGCUCUCCGAUUCCAAUAUCUAUUGCCUGUCGGUGCAUCCAGGUGUAGUCGCUUCACAACUCACCCGAGGCAUUGUCAGCAAUUCAAUUGCCAAUUUGUAUGCGGAAUUCGGUAGUUACAUCAUUGCCCGCCCAUCUGAGGGAGCACUAACUCAAUUAUAUGCGGCCACCUCUCCUGAGAUCGAGAGCAAGCGACUCAGGGCAGCUUACUUGGUGCCAUAUGGCCAAGUGGGUCGCAAGAGUUUUCUUGCGGAGGAUCAUGAGGGAAAAUUGGGCCGACAGUUUUGGCACCUCUGCGAAAAAUUGAUGCAGGAAGCUGAAAACAAGCAAAAAUGA